GCAAACCAUCGGUGAUUGGGGAACUGAGUUCCAGACUGCAGCAGCUGAAUAAGGAUACCAGGUCUCUGGGGGAGGAGGAGCCACUGGGGGCAUCGCUGGACCCUGGGAGGAAGUCCCCUGUGACAGGUGCCAGAACUGACUGUACGCCCAGGAGGGCAAGACGACCGUACUUUUCAGCAGUCUAGGAGAGCUCCACACCAUUUCCCAGAGAAGCUACGGCACUUCCUACACCAUCCGGCCCGGCAGCCGCUACCCCAUAACACGCCGAAUCCCAAGCCCCGGCUCAGGUUCCCCAGAUCGGGGUGACCCCCUAAGUCGACUCCCAGGCUUCGGCUUACCCAUUUCACCCACCACGCCGCCCCAGACCAUCCUCAAGUCAUCCAGCCUCAGCCUGCCCCAUGAGCCCAAAGAAGUGCGCUUUGUUAUGAGGAGCUCCAGCGCCCGGUCCCGCUCCCCAUCUCCCUCUCACUCUCCUGGGCUGGGCUCGCCCCUCCUGGCCCUCAGGCCCUUCCACCAGAAGCCCCUCCACCUGUGGAACAAGUACGACGUUGGAGACUGGCUGGAGAGCAUCCACCUGGGGGAGCACAGGGCCGGCUUUCAGGAGCAUGAGAUUGAGGGAUCGCACCUGCCAGCACUCACCAAGGACGACUUUGCUGAGCUGGGGGUGACGCGGGUGGGACACCGCAUGAACAUCGAGCGAGCACUCAAACAGCUGCUGGAGAGCUGACCCCUGCCCUGAGAGAGAGAGAGAGAGAGAGAGAGAGAGAGAGAGAGAGAGAGAGAGAGAGAGAGAGAGAGAGAGAGAGAGAGAGAGAGAGAGAGAGAGAGAGAGAGAGAGAGAGAGAGAGAGAGAGAAAUGGAUAGACCACCCCAGUUUUGAACCAACUCCAUUUUAGGUCGCUGCUUUUCAUUUCUUUUUUUUCUGAUGUGUCUGAACGUUUCAGUGAUUGCGUUCAUAUGCAGCUCUCAGCACUGCACUGAAUUAUGAAGACCCUCCCCCAUCUCACAACCUAUCAGAUGAGUCCUCUGAAAGAGGCACAGAAACUCUUUGCAGAACAGAAUCUCGCAUGAGCUCCGAUGAUUUGAUUUGUGACUGCUUGAGUUGCUCCUUUAGUCACACCUUUAACCUAUCCCACAGACCUUUCCUUCGCUGUGCCGUUCUUCUUCUCUCUGUCCCUCCAUCUCUUUCCCUCCGGUUCAUUGUUUGCCUCUAAAGGAUCCCCAGUUUGUGUGAAGAAGAGGAGGAUGAAUCUUGUUCCAAACGGAAAGUUCAGUUGCCUUUCAAAAUAUUCUUACAGAGAUCAGCUACGUUGAACACAGGAGUAAAGAUGCAGUACUGACCUAGUAUUGACAUAGAACUGACAUACUGAUACAGUACUGACCUAGUAUUGACAUAGAACUGACAUACUGAUACAGUACCGACCUAGUAUUGACAUAGAACUGACAUACUGAUACAGUACUGACACAGGCCUCUCUCCACUCUGCCUGGCAUUGUGUUUAACACUUGUGCCCAGAGACAGAGUUUGAUGUUGGAGACCACGUGGGGAGAACUCAUCUAUCCUGGGACCGUCUCACGGACUGACUGUGCUAUCUAUUAUAUUUGGAGAAUGUUUAACCAACACUAGUGGCUUUUUUCAU